AUGAUAACCUAUAAUACUCAAGAAACAUUACCAUCACAAUUAACAUUUGCAUUCAUUAUUAAUGAUGUUAUUGCUGUCCAUAAGACUUUUGAUUUCAAAAUACUAACAUCUCCAGAUAUUGAAUCCAUUACAGAUGCGAAUCCAAAUAUUGAACAUAAAACAAAUACAAGGUUAACAUUGAAUGUUAGAAGAAGAAAAGCAGAUGCAAUGGAAGAUUCAAUAUUUAAGUUUGAAUUUGUUGAUCAAAAUGUUAAUCAAAUGUCAAAUCCAACAAUUAUUAACAAUUAUAAACCAAAGAAAGUUCCGAAUACAGACAAUGAUUAUACAAUUCGGUUGAUAAUUCCGAAUAAUGUUGAGAUCGGUCAAAAGAAUUUAUUGAUUGUAAUUGUAGAUCCAUCUGGUCAAGAAUCAUCACUUUUCACAAUCCCGAUCACAGUCACACAGGGAAGAAUUGUCACAGAAAGCUCAAUAUCAUGUCGUAAGACACAAGAUAUGAUUCCUGAUGGACAAGAACAUUUAUUUAAAUGCAAUAUCGAUAACAUUGAAACAUAUCCUGUCAUCUAUAAAGCAAAAAUUGGUCGAUAUGAAAGUUCUUUUGAUAGCGAAUUCAAACAUGCUUUACGUAUGGAAGAAGUUGGCUAUGAUAAUGAAUUCAAUGUUUAUGUUUCAAUUCCAGAACAAACCGAAGAAAAAACAGAAAUAUCUUUUGCAAUGAUCAAUUCAAAUAAUGAAGAUAUUAUUAAAUACUGUGAUAUUACAGAUAUUAAAAUUGUUCCCAAGCCAUCUAUUGUUUUAGAUAGUAACACUGGAUUUUCCGAACUUUAUGCUCGAUUACCGAUUGAGUUCAAAUUAAAUUAUAUAUGCAAUUUCGAAACUUUAAGAGUUCAAUAUCGCGAUUCAUUUAACAAUGGUGAUUAUCAGAAUGUAAUUUCAAUAUCCUCAUUAGAUGAGAACAAUAUUUUUGUUGUGAAAAUUGUUGCUCUUGAAAUUAGAGAAGUUGAAUUCAAAUUUAUUGACGAGUUUGACAGAUAUAUUACCAUAAAAUAUCAUUAUAUGGUAGACAAUUACAAAUAUUAUGAAUGUAAUUUGAUACAUAGCUCGCCAAUUCAAGGUGAAAAAUAUAACUUCAAAUGUGAAUUAUAUGGACAUAACCCUUCUGCAAUUGCAGAACGCAAAUUUUAUUUUGAAGAUUAUUCAGAUGGAAAUAAAUAUAAACUAGUGAACACUUCAUCUGAAUGGUCUGUCAAGUUUUCAAUAGAACUUCCUAUUAUUUCUGAAAUCACCAAUGUUACAAUUCACAUUGUAGGUGUUGAAAAUCCAAGCAUAGCUCAAGAUCUUAUUGUUUACAAAGGAUUGAAACCACCAUUAAAGAUUGAUUUUGAUGUUAUUGAAACAACUCCAUAUCAUUUCAAAAUAGGUAUUACAGCAUCAGAAGAAACUCUUUAUGUAGGUUAUAUAUAUCAUUUAAUUCGCCAGACUUCUCAAGCAGGAGAGGAUAAAUUUUUAUCUUCAUAUUUUCAAGGAGAUCUAUUAUAUACUGAAGUUUAUCAUUAUGAAAGGUUCACAUUUGGAGAAUAUAAUAUAACAAUUUACAUCAAUUUACCAUAUUCAAGAGUUGCAAAAAAGACUAAACUCUUCAAAUAUGAUAAGAAUAUUAUUGAUCUUGAAGUUGGAAGGAAAGAAUUGAAAAAUACAAUAUGCCGAGUAUCUGCAGGAUAUCAAGUUAUACUUUCUCCAAUUUCAGAUCAAACUGGAGUUAAUGUUUAUGCAGAAAUUGGUAAUAAGAAUUAUACAUUACUCCAAAAUAAUUCGAUUGCUGUUGAUUUCACUCAAGCUGGAACAUUGUAUUGUUACGGAGAUUAUCCAAUAUCAGUAAUAGUACUUUCGAUAUCUAAUAUACAAGCAGAUGAUAUCAUUUACAUGAUUGGUAAUCAAAAACUCACAAUUGGUACUUCAAACAAUUCCAAUUACAAACUCGAAUUUCCAAAAUCAGUUGUUCUUGUCAUGGGAUCAUUUGAUGGAAUGAGAUUUUCUUCUCACAAUGAGUACAACACAGCAAUGGUACGAGAAAUUUCAUAUAAUUUAACAGGAAACUCUCAAUCAAGUAUAAGAAAAAUAUUAAAUGUCCAAAAUCUCCUAAUUUAUAAAUACCAAUGGAUAGAUCCGAAUUAUAUUUUUGAUAUUGAAUUUGAAACAAGAUGUUCUCAGGAUUACAAAGCUAUUUUAAUUAAUUCAAAAAUAGGUAAUUACAAAUUUGCUAACGAAAAUUCUAAUCAACCAGAAGAAAAACCUGGUGAGGAGAAUCCUGAUGGGAAAAAUAAACCCAAUGGAAAAGAAAGUUCAAGUGAGAGAGAAAAUCCAGGUGAUAAAAAACCAAUAGAAACUACCCCUAGGGGAGAUGAUAAUUCAAAUAGUAGCGAUCCACCAAAUAAGGGCAAAGCAGGAGCUAUUGCUGGUGGUAUAGUUGGAGCAUUGAUAGCCAUCGUAAUUGUUUGCGUAAUAGCUUUCUUUAUCAUUAAGAAGAAGAAUCUGUAUGAAAAUGAAUCGAGUACAGAACCGAUCCAUGAAACUUUACAAGUCUAA